UAUUUUCAAGUAAACAAAAUUCUAGUAAUAUUUUUUCCUUAAACGCAACUAAUCAAAACUUUGUGUACGGUAUUCACGAUAUAGCCAAUCAAUUUAAUCUUUGCCAUUCUAUUUAAUUUUGUUUUGAUUUUAUUGACAACUUAUGGUCGCUACGUCAAAAUUAAUAUUAUUUUGCAUGCGAAACCUUAACCUCAUUCUCUUCGUCCAGUUGGUGAUCUUUUUGUCUAUUCUUUUUUUAUUUCAAGUUAUUAUAUUAAAAUCUAAAGUUAAAAGAAAAUAUUAGCACAAUGGGUGAAAGGAAAGGAACAAAUUUAUAUUAUCCACCUGAUUAUGAUCCACGCGUUGGUGGACUUAAUAAAUUUCUUGGAACACAUGCAUUACGUGAAAGAGCACGUAAACUUCACAUGGGAAUCCUUAUUAUUCGGUUUGAAAUGCCAUAUAAUAUAUGGUGUAAUGGUUGUGGAAAUCAUAUUGGUAUGGGUGUACGAUACAAUGCAGAAAAGAAAAAGAUUGGAAUGUAUUAUAGUACUCCACUUUAUCAAUUUCGCAUGAAAUGUCAUCUUUGUGAUAAUCACUUUGAAAUAAAAACUGAUCCUGCUAAUUUAGAUUAUGUGAUUGUAAGCGGUGCUCGGCGUCAAGAGAACCGAUGGGAUCCUAAAGAAAAUGAGCAAAUCGUACCAGAAACAAAAGAAGUUUCACAUCGAUUAUAUGACGAUGCAAUGUAUAAGUUAGAACAUAAGGUUGAAGACAAAAAGGUAGCCAAAUCACGGGAUAAAGCAUUGGAAAGUGCAAUAUCAUUAAAUGAUGCAAUAUGGAAGGAUGAUUAUAGUUCUAAUUGUGCAUUAAGAUCUGCCUUUCGGGCUAAAGAGAAAGAACUUAAAAAAAAACAAGGAUCAAACCAAUUGUUAUUGACUAAAUAUGGAUUGAAAAUGAAUUUGGUAGAAGAACAUGAAGAUGAUAUUAAAGUAGCUAAAUUACUUGUUCAUAAAUCAAAAACAGAGACGCAACGCACCACACCUUUUAAAAAGUUAGUUUCUAUUGUACGUUCUAGAAACAAAACAAAGAUUACAUCACAAUCUCAGAUAGAUAUAAAAAAAAAAACGAAUUCAAAUAAACAAAUAUUACCGAAGUUAGAUACAGCAUCUUCUUCAAAAAGCAAUACAAAUAUUUCCACCUCUUUAGUCAAUUAUGAUGGUUCAUCUACUGACACUGAAGCGUAAUUUAUACUUUAGGAGUUGUUAAUUAUAGCCAAUGUAAAUAUGUAAUUAAUAUUGAUUGUAACAUUUUUUGAAA